GGUUGGGUACGGGAGGGAGGCUAUGACGCGCGGGGCACUGUGGGACACAGUGUGGGCAACGUGGGGCUGGACGGGUGCCUCAGAGGGUCAGAUCAUAGCGACGCGGGAAGUCUGGACGAGGUAGCAGCCCGAAGAAGAGGCCUGUGGCAGAGGAGCCUCGGGCCCCUGCGUUGGCCAUGGCGGAGAGGCCCGAGGACCUAAACCUGCCCAAUGCCGUCAUCACCAGGAUCAUCAAAGAAGCACUCCCGGAUGGUGUCAACAUCUCCAAGGAGGCCCGCAGCGCCAUCUCCCGCGCAGCCAGCGUCUUUGUGCUAUACGCCACAUCCUGUGCCAACAACUUCGCAAUGAAAGGAAAACGCAAGACACUCAAUGCCAGUGAUGUGCUCUCAGCCAUGGAAGAGAUGGAGUUCCAGCGGUUUAUUACCCCGUUGAAAGAGGCUCUGGAAGCAUACAGGCGGGAGCAGAAAGGCAAGAAGGAAGCUUCGGAACAAAAGAAGAAGGACAAAGACAAAAAAACAGAUUCAGAAGAGCAAGACAGGAGCAGGGAGGAGGAGAAUGAUGAAGAUGAGGAAAGGCUGGAAGAGGAAGAACAGAAUGAAGAGGAGGAAGUAGACAACUAAUACCUGCGGCACUGUGGAAGCUGCCACUCUGAGACAUGGUACAUGUUUCUGUGACGCUUUUCCCUGCUGGGCAGAGUAGUCUUAGGCACAGGUGCCUGGGGAGAUCAAAAUAAAAAGUGACUGUAAUUAUCAUCAGAACCAGCGUUUCACCAACUCAAAGCAUCUGAGUACCGGAAUCCUCUUUUGUUUAAUCAGUCUGAAGGUUAUUACUUUUCUGGCAAGAGGGAUUCUGAACGGCUAAUUAAAUUAGCGGUUUGUUAUCUUGUUUACUUAUGCAUAUGGUUAUGUAGUUUUUUUAAUCACCAGUCUUCCUGCCCCUCCAAACAGAUAAUAAUAACUUCCAUGCUGCCUGCUGUGUUUCCGAUCACAGAGGCAGGGAAGGCUCAGGAAAAAUUAGGGCUUUGAUCGUGGUCAGCCAUAUUUGAUUUACAGUAGUUUGUUAAGAAUGUUCACAAUUGCCUGGGCAUGGUGUCACAUGCCUGUAGUCUCAGCUGCUUGGGAGGCUGAGACAGAAGAAUUACAAGUUUUGAGCCCAACCUGGAAACUCAAUGAGGCCCUGUCACCCCCUCCCCAAAAACAGAUGAAAGAGGCUGGGUAUGUAGCUUAGCAUCUCCUCGGAUCUGUUUUUUUAAAAAAGAUAAUCUGUUCUGUGGUUUCUUCACUUGACAGCAUUAAUUGAGUUCUGUUUUCUCUGCGACUACUUGGCUUGGGGCCUGGUGCCUUGCCUGUAGGCAUCUGACCUGCUGCUGGUGGUUGUGCUCUGAGCACAGUGUGCUCUUAAAUUAGCAGUGUAGAUUGGAAGUCGUCAAACAAGAAUGUUUUACAAAACAGAUGGCUUAUUCCUAGGUUUACCUCAGCCCUGCCACUGUACAGCUUAGGAUUUAUUGUCACCUCCUGGAAGGUGUAAAGUCCCAGGCUUUCUCUUACGUACUAUGUCUAUCUCCCAGACUUGUGGCUAUGAUUUUUCAUUUUUAUUCCUGACAAGUUCGAGGCUUCACUUCAUCUAAGCACAACGUUUUCCCUCUGUGCUUCUUGCUUUCUAUUUUCUGCCUCUCCUCUGCCUCCCAUUCCCACUGUCUUUCCCUUUCUAAUGCAUGUGCAAAUCUAGCAACUUUGAAUAUCUGAUUAAUGUCCCAAAACCCCCCCCAAAAAAAAGAUUUUGUGAAACUCCUCUGAAUAUUGAGAAAAAUCUGAUGGUGCUCAGGAAUCUAACCCCCUAGCCCAGCCAUCGCCUUGAUCUGCUUCUAAAGUGUCUGUUGGCUUUUCUUAGCUUUUUUUCUUUCCAUUCAGUGUUCCAGGAACUUCUUUGUCUCAGUUGAGCACUCGGGAUUUGACAGGUAGUAUAGUGUAGUUUGACACUGUUAACUUGUUAAAUGAAAAGUUUGUUCAUAAAUGACUGAUGACUGUUGAGAUUAUAAUGCUUUGUACAAAUAAAGACCAUUUCUUGUUUAAA